AUGCACCAGCAGGGUCGGGUCGGCUGGGUUGGUUGGGAUGGGGAGGGCCCGGACGGGGGCUCCCGAUUGACGUUCUUCCAGGACAGGGACAUCAGUUCGACAUCUUUAUACUCCGCAGGGCUGUUCAAAAUCAAAGAAAGAGAUCGAUCGAUCGAUCGAUCCAGCGAUUUAUUGGGCAAGCCGGGCUGGAUCUGA